CUACAAAUGAUGUGUGCUGGUGCUUGUCUCGUGCUAGUCGUGACAGCCACACCGACAACGCCUUGUAGAUCGAAUAUCAAAGCGCAGGACCGCGCUGUCCUUUGCAACAUUGUCGCUAGCUGAAGUUCUCGUUGCACCCCGUGUCUGUUGGGUCGGUUGAAGGGCUUCGGGGCAGGAAAAGCUAAAGCUGAGGCUCCACAAUGGCUGCAAUUCUCCUCCGUUCAUGUUUUAACAAGAAGGUGCCCCUCCAGCUGGGUCGCCUCUGUUACUCCUCUUCUUCUGUGCCCACCACCAAGCUGUUCAUUGAUGGCAAGUUUGUUGAGUCCAACAGCUCUGAAUGGCUCGACAUCCACAACCCUGCCACUAAUGAGGUGGUGGGGCGCGUUCCCAAAGCUACCCAGGACGAGAUGCUGGCAGCGGUGGACUCGUGCUCCCGAGCCUACAGGUCCUGGUCCGACACCUCCAUCCUCAGCAGGCAGCAGAUCUUCCUGCGCUACCAGCAGCUCAUCAAGGAUAACAUUAAAGAAUUGGCGAAGAUAAUCACCUUGGAGCAGGGUAAAACUCUGGCCGAUGCAGAGGGAGACGUAUUUAGAGGACUCCAGGUGGUUGAGCAUGCCUGCAGCAUUACAACUCUCAUGCUGGGAGAGACGUUACCUUCCCUCACAAGGGACAUGGACACCUACACCUACCGCCUGCCCAUCGGCGUGUGUGCUGGUAUCGCCCCUUUUAACUUCCCCGCCAUGAUUCCUCUGUGGAUGUUCCCCAUCGGCAUGGUAUGUGGCAACACCUACCUGAUGAAGCCCUCUGAACGGGUCCCAGGGUGCACCAUGCUCCUGGCCAAAAUGCUCCAGGAUGCCGGGGCACCAGAUGGUACACUGAACAUCAUCCACGGCCAGCAUGCAGCGGUGAACUUCAUCUGUGACCACCCAGCCAUCAAAGCCAUCAGCUUUGUGGGCUCCAACCCGGCUGGAGAGCACAUCUACGAACGGGGGUCCAAGAACGGCAAGAGAGUGCAAUCCAACAUGGGUGCCAAGAACCAUGGCGUUGUGAUGCCUGAUGCCAACAAAGAGAACACCAUCAACCAGCUGGUGGGUGCUGCCUUCGGAGCAGCUGGCCAGCGCUGUAUGGCUCUCUCCACUGCUAUUUUUGUAGGGGAAUCUCGCAACUGGCUUCCAGAGCUGGUGGAGCGCUCCAAAUCAUUGCGCGUCAACGCAGGUGAUCAGCCUGGAGCCGAUGUGGGACCCCUGAUCUCUCCCAAAGCGAAGGCCCGGGUGGAGUCUUUGAUCCAAAGUGGGGUGGAUGAGGGUGCCAAGCUGCUGCUGGACGGAAGAAAUGUCAACGUCAAAGGAUACGAAAACGGCAACUUUGUAGGACCCACCAUCCUGAGCAAUGUUUCGCCGAGCAUGAUGUGUUACAGAGAGGAGAUCUUUGGACCAGUGCUCGUCGUCUUGGAGGCUGACAGUCUUGACGAAGCAAUUUCUCUAAUCAACAAUAACCCCUACGGCAACGGCACCGCCAUCUUCACCACCAAUGGAGCCACAGCGCGCAAAUACACACACGAGGUGGACGUUGGCCAGAUUGGCGUGAACGUGCCCAUCCCUGUCCCCCUCCCCAUGUUCUCCUUCACAGGCUCCAGAGGCUCAUUCAGAGGGGACACCAACUUCUAUGGCAAGCAGGGCAUCCAGUUCUAUACUCAAAUCAAGACCGUGACAUCCCAGUGGAAAGCUGAGGAUGCCACUGUGACAAGCCCAGCUGUUACCAUGCCAACCAUGGGACGCUAAAUUGACAGCAUAUAAAUCACAUCUUCAAUGACUUCUCACAUGCCUUAUAAAGCAGCCUGCGGAGGGAAUGCUGUUGAGAUGAAUUCGCGCUGGGGAGUAUAAGUUGGUGAUUGCUGUAUCUUUGACCAGCCCGGAUAGUGUUGAAGCACAAAUGCAAAGUAGAUGGGAGAGAUGAGCCGGACUGAUGUAAUGAAUGGUACUGUGAGUCUCGUCAUGGGUUUGUGGUUUUUGUUUUCUCCCGUUCAUGUUCUGCCCUUACGGGGAGGAAUAGAUUUGUUAUUCUCAAAAUCCAUUGUGCAAGGUGACGCACAUGUCUUCCACCAUUAUCCUCUGUGGUUCUGUUCAUCAGAGCACAUUUGUGUGUAGUUACUUGAAAAGAAGUUAUAAAUGGAGCAAAUGCUACAUUAGAACAAGGACACUCCCAUUCUGUAACUCCAAUAAAACUGAAAUAUUGGUUGCCGUUUUUUUUUUCUCUCUAAAUGUAAAUCCUAAUGUCUAGCGUUUGAUAGAUGGCCACAAUUUUGUACUAUAUUGUCAGAGUGACACUACUUCUGGUCAUGAAUGGAAAUGAGCUACGUCAAACUUCCUCCCCUUGACAUCUUCUAAACUUGUGUGGCUGAAGAAAGAAGAAGAAACGGUA